ACGAUUCCAGCGCAUGCUCACUGUGCCACAUGUGGAGCGGUACCUGCCUGACCAGAGAUCAAAGAUUAUUACCAGUCAGUGAUCAGCUCUGAUCGGGUCAGGAAGAAUGGCAACAGGACCGGAAGGAAAACUGCAGCUGGUCCAGAGACACGUCCGAGCUUUUCCAGACUUCCCAAAGAAAGGGAUCCUGUUCAGAGACAUUUGUCCCAUCCUGAAGAGUCCAGCUGCCCUGACAGCAGUCACUGACCUGUUUGAAGAACAUGUGAGGAGCCGUCAGCUGCAGGUGGACCUGAUCGUCGGUUUGGACGCUCGUGGGUUCCUAUUUGGGCCCCUGCUCGCCCAGAGGCUGGGCGUUGGCUUCGUCCUGGUUAGGAAGAAAGGCAAGCUGCCCGGAGCCACGGUCAGCGUGGCCUAUGACCUGGAGUACGGCACGGCGGAGGCAGAGAUCCAGGAGGAUGCAGUGGCUCCAGGCCAGAAGGUUCUGAUUAUUGAUGAUCUUUUAGCUACAGGAGGGACGCUGCUUGCAGCCUGUGAGCUAAUGAAGAAGCAGCGGGUGGACAUCCAGGGCUGCAUGGUGGUCAUCGAACUCAGAGACCUGAAGGGAGCUGACCGUCUGAAGCCUCACAACGUCUUCUCCCUUCUCCAGUACUAAGGAGCGCCUCAGCGCCCCCUCUGGUUCGCCAGGACCACCGCGGCAUCCCCUGGUGACUACAGCCAAGAAAACAAGAAAGCCUCAAAGAGGCCAUCCUGAACCUCCGCUCCUUUUACACACCCUGGAUAAUGAAAGAGACUAACUUAGCGUUAAAUGUCUGAAACUGGUCAACAGCACAGAUGGAUGGAACUAGUCAUCCAUAAACUCUAUUCCAAUUGAAUUGUUGUAUCAGGACCAAAACUCCCUCCUGCUAUAUGCAGCUGAGAUUUUCUUCUGUUCAGAUGCUGAAUCUUCUUCUUCUCUGCCUAGAGGUCCUAGUUGGUUUGCAUCUAGGACUAGGUAUCAAGUCCUAGAUGCAAACCAAACCGUUUCUUCAUCUAUAAGACAUAAAAGUUUCAAGUUUAAAAUGACUUGACCAUCUAAAGCCGGAGUGUCAAACUCAUUUUCAUGUUUUGCCCCAUCAAGAUCUUGAAAGUCCUCAAAGGGACGAUUGUGGCAGAAUGUGUAGAUAAAACUACCUUUUAGUAAAGUUUUAAAAUAUAGCUUUCUCUGGAUUCAGUUUGCAAUUUUUAAUAAAUACUUUUGUUUUAUUAAAUAUCUUUUCAUAUUUAUGUCUUCUGGCCGAAUACAAAUAAAAACAGUUUUGAUUUGACUGAUAAAAUGAGACAUAAGAACACAACUGUUAUCUUGAACUUGUAUUUAUGUGACCUUCUAACGUCUAAAGGGCCACAGGCAAAAUCUUUACUAUGGUGGGCUGGUUUCGGCCCGAGGACCUAGAGUUUUACACCUGUGAUCCCCCGGUCAGUUCUCCUUGUAAUGUUACUGUGUUGAUUCAGCCCAAAAUAAUUCCAUAGUUUUAACUGAAUCUGUAUUUGGGAGAUAUUUCCCAUAUCAGACUCCAAGCAAACUUUUUUUUUUAUCUCGCAAGAACCAGUUUUGGCCUAAAAUAUCGAUUUGGUAUAAGAGUUUCUAAACACAGAGAUGCACUGGAUGGAACAAUGUGACCAAUUUCUGAUCUGCAGUUUUUGUUGAGCGUUGACCUGCUGAUCUUGAUUUUUCUUUAGGAAUUCUGAUAUAAGAAAUGUAUUUAAUAUAUUUUUACGCUAAGAAUCUACAUUCUCCCUGAGAGAUGAACAAUACGCUGACACACAUCUGUCCUUUAAAGUCAGCCUUACGUCUUAUUUUGCUAUAAUAGGAAACUGUCAACUUUUUGUGCUCGUGCAGAAUUGCGAGGAAUCCCGGACAAGCCCCCAACAAACUGUUGAUUUUAACAUAACUUGGUUCAUUUCAACGGUCCAACAAGUACAGCGUUAUACAGUAACGCUUUACAUGUUACAAUGUGUACAAUAUAGUACACACAUUGCAAUAAUCAUUCAUAUGAAUGAUCUACACCAAUGAUUUGGGGAAGAAGACCUUUAUUAACUAUAACUAGCUGGAUGACAGAAGAACCCUUAGUGGUGAAGAUCCAGAUCACUAUUUUAAACUUUAAAAGUAAGACAUAAAGUGUUUAAAUCAAUCUGGAAACAGGAGCUUCAGUCUUCCAGUUUAAUAUCACUGCAGAGCUGAUUCUUCUAAACCAAGGUACAGUGUUAGAGUUGUCAACAUGCGAGGUGACAAAAGCUGGAAUUGCCCCUUUAAAAAGAUAAAGACGGUUCAGCAGAAGCCGAGGUAACAAGGUGUCAUUGAGUUCCUCAGAAACUGUGCGUUAGAUGGGGAGCUUUGUUUGUUCUCCCAACUUCUGGCAGUUUGAUUCACUGGCUGAGUCUUCUUGAUGCAUGCAAUGCUGCUGUUUCACCUCUAUGCACAUAAUCAAACACUACUGCUACACUUCCUGUCAGUAGAGCUUCCAGAAUAAACCCUACAAUGCAUGUA